AUGUGGAUUGUGGUGCUGACAGCUGUCCUCCUCAACGUCACACCGACAGCUUACGGGUAUGUUAGUAUAUUACACUAUAUGCCAGUUGUAACCCAUCUAAUCAAAGGUAACAAAGUUCGCUCAAAGCGUCCGUAACUCACAGAACACCCGCCGUACAUUCUCGAAGUUCUGGCUGUAUCAAAGAAACCACCAUUCCUCGCAAUAUGGAAUAGUUUGAUCUAAAAAUUAUUCGUUAUUAGCUAAUAAUAUUUUUUUAUUGAAUACUGGUAAUUUAUAGGUGAUGGUAUUUCAGGCUGUCAGGUGUCGACUAUUUCGGAAAGUUGCAUCCGGUAAAGUUUGUUCGGUCGGAUCUUAUUUCGUAGCCCUACCUGCAGUUGAAAAGCCCCAGUCUAACCCUUACCCCUAACCACUAACUCCUAACCUCAACCCCUAACGACUGACCCCUAGCCAUAAACCUUAGCCCCUUACUCCUCGCCUUGACCCCCAACACGUAACCCCAACCCCUAACCCUGACACCUAUGAUGUAGGACUACGAAAUGAGAUCUUGCCGUUUGUUUUCAUGCAUGUUUACCCCGCCGACUUCAGAGGCUUGUAAAAACUAAAACCUUAUUCCAAAAGCAAAUGCUCUUCCAAAAUGAAAGCCUGUAAUCAAUAUACUCACUAGGUCGGACACUCUUCGGACAUCAGACAAACCCCUCCCGGUGAACGCCCCCUCUUCUUUUGAUAAAGAAAUUUCCCUAAUCACUUUCCUAUUUGAACAUAACCUUGUCCUAGCAUUUUUCUUACGAAAACCGGACUCCUUCAUUCAUUUUGUUAUUCGCCCUCUCAGGAAACAUUGACAGGUUUUCCCAUGGGCAUAUACUGGUGCUUUCUAAUGUAUGAAGAAAAAAUCGUCCUUUGCCUGCUUGUAGACCCCUUUUGGUCCGGAGAAUGACCUGACUAAUGUUGAAAAUACUCGCUAGCGACUCACACGACAGCCCUUUGCUGUUAUUUAUCGUAUAUUCCCAAAGUCGACGACCGACAGAAACUGCCCCGAAAUUUUUAUUGUACAAUAUGACGGAGUAAGGUGACAGCAUGGCGCAUGCUCUGCUAUAUGUAUGUAUAUAACUUCCAGGUGGCAUUUAUUUUCGUGUCCAAACCUUAAUUUUAACCAUAACCCCAACCUCAAUGUAAGUACCAUGCCCCAAGAAAGCCGGACCUCUCUGCUUUUGCGAAGUUACUGGUCAACCCCACGACGGUUCACAGACGCGAAAUUUUGUUUUUCAUUGUUAGUCUGAUGACUUUUUAAAAAUAACAGCCAAUAAGAAUCUUCAGGGAGCAUAGCUUCGGAAGAAAUUACUAAUGCCUUCCUUCGUCUUGACACAAUAGUAACACAAGGCACCAACGUUCAGCUGGAGAAAAGCAGACGUCGAGGAUUUUCAUCUCAUUCUGGGGUGAAAACAGCUGAGCACUUUCAUGAGAGGAUGGGUUUAUGUGUUUAGUAAAGUUUUCUGGGUGUUAUUCAACGAUCUAUAAUUUUGCCAUGCCAUGCAAAUCUGUUUUGUUGAGUUCGCGAAUUCCAUAUCAUUUAAAAGUGUCGAAAAGUGGAAAGUUGUGGGAGAAUAUAGACUCUGCAAAUGUUCACUGUCGUGCAUGAGGUACUUUUUGUUAUUCAUAACAGGGAAACCCGGUUGGAUCAACUAUUCACGAACCUCUGGAACAGCGAUAAGGACAGGAUCGCUGUGGGUCCCGAAUUACAACUUAACUGGCAAGGUAAGCCCGUUUUAAGGGUGUUUGGGACUCCUAUUGAGAUUUAUAUGACAUACUUUUGUACUGAAAGGCAGCUUCGUAGCGAUAGCUCCAAGUUAAUGUCAUUAUUCCCGACACUUUGAUGAGAAGCCCUUUAGCCGUAGGCCGAUACAUUUUGAAGAACACAAGUAAAGCGGAGAAUAAAGAUAGGCAUGUAACCUGCCGGCCUCGUGAACAGUUUGUUUACUUAUAAGCUCGCGUUCCAAAGCACGGAUUUGGCUACCCAUUGUGGGUGACUGAAGAGGCCUGUGCACGGCUCUGUUUUGAGAGCACGUUUGUUGUGCUCGCCCUGGUGCUUACUUUGCCAACGACAGGCCGCCAAUCGCUAUCGACGAUGGCCGUCAUGCCUCCGACAGAAGACUGAACGCAGGACCGUGACAUGCGCGUGAAUUAGUUUAUAGUAAUGGUGGACUUGCACAGCAUGUACCGCACUUUCUCCUCCCUCACUCACCCGGGCCCGAUGGUAAGGCAAGGUCGGGACAGCUGGAAGGUGUGGCUUGGACGCAGUAACUGACUGAGUUAAACGGCUCGUCUAUGAGUGCCACACACCACCUGAUCCCCGCGUAGUGAACUGGGGUUCCACAGACAGCUGCUCCGUUGUUAUUACCGACAAGAACAAAGGAGACUGGAAUGACCAUUUCUGGCUUAUUAGCCGUCGUCAGCCAGUCAUACUUAACCCCGAAGUGUGGAACACCCGGAGCUCGAACUCGCGACCAAUCAGUUAGAAGUCCAGCGCCUCCAACCCCUGAGCCACGGGCUCGUUGUCCUGUCGGUUUCGAUUGGGAAUAUGUCAUGGUAGAGGGGUGCUCACCGAUCGUUCUCACUCGUCCCGUUGUGCCCUGCGGGCUCUUCGAUCUCACGUUCAAGAGAGUGCCACGAAGGUUGCCUUUAGAAGAAGCCACUGCUACCUGACUGUGGUUGAAAUGGACCGAAUCACUCAGUCAGUUCACGGGCCACGACUUUUAGCGUGUCCUAAUAGAUUCAAGUACGGCAGAUUUCAUAAAGUAAGGAAUGCGAUGAAGCGUCGUGGGGAUGGCUUCCCGGAGUUUGCCUAAAUCUCCGUCCAAUCUGCCGUGCCAGCCCACUGUCCGAUCCCGUUAGACAUCUGGUAGGCGUAGAGAUUGGCGCCUCGUGAGCCUGCGCAUAAAAGUGUCACCGCAUCCCCACGUGAAGCAUUUGUUAUGGGAUGCGCAGACUCUGCGUUGCCUGGUUAACGCGUACUGUGACCCAGACUGACAUCCGUCUUGCUCCAGCGCGGUCAAUACCGCCUGUGCGCUAGACACAGGCCACCCUUUGUCAAUGCUUCGUGUGACUCCUGUAUUCAUGGCUCGAGCAUACCCGUCUGCACUGUUAACAAUGGGAAUUUCGAGUUCGGCUUAGCGGUAACUUCAAAUAAGAGGCGCGGUUGCCUAUCAGACGGAUCUCCUAUGCGGAAUACGCGGACCUCCGGCCCGGAGGUCCUGCAAUCAACCGUAUAACGAAAAACCAUCAGUAAACAGAAAGCUUUGUUGAAGAAAACUAAGGGACAGGAAGAGCCCGACAGAAUCUCUGCAAGAUCCGCAUGUGGAGCUUAGAUUUGGUCGGUUAUCGCACCAAAUCCUAUCCAAUUUAAGCUAAGAAUUUGUGGGUUGCUUUCAACUAUAUUAAAGUAUUGCAGCGUCUUGGAUACAUGCAUAGACACUUUGAAUGCGUCAGAGGUAGAGGUGGUUGGGGCAAAUAUACCGGCGGUUCGACUGGCUGUUAACAGCAUUCCUUCAGUAGCCGUCAGCAAUACAUCCUUCUCAGGCUGAAGGAAGCCACGAUUUCAACCGGGGUUAGUAAGUAUGCCCUAACAAAAACCGGGCGCGUAUCAAAGUCAUAUUGGGUUUGAAACCACAUGUCCGUUCGAUGAACCAAUCACAUCGCACGCAAACUUUCUGUCCCGGUACAUGGAUGCAUUUCAGUCCUAUGACAAACUUGAAAUAAUUUGCUUGCCCAGUUGGGACUUACAUUUCAUUUAAUUAAGUCGCAGAAGUAUUGACAUGUAUGCGGGAGUAGCUUAAAGCUACGGCUGCCACAUGCGGGUACCCAGAGACAAGUAAUCACUAACUGUAAGGUGUACUGCCAAAGACAAAGGGGUCUAGUGCGACCGCAUCUGCUUUGUUACUGCUGGCAGUGAACUAUACUCCAGUUCAAAACAGUAUGAUUCGUGAUAAGCGUAGAAGACGCGUGAAAGUAUGGUUAGUCUGACUUUAACUAUUAAGCAAUCACUCGACGAAGCCCUCAACGUUCAAGAUAUUCCGCCCAAAUACACGCAUCAGGUGAUUUACACCAUUAUCCGUCUGUAUUAUUGAUCCAGAUAAGGGCACUUGUGAUCUACACCAAUUUAUAUUUUGCAAUAAAGAUACUUCUGCACCAAGCACAAUGCUAUUAUUGUCUGUACUUGAAAAUAUUACAAAAUAAAAAUGGAAGUUUAAACCAGUUGCCAUAAAUCUACUAACCUCGUUAGAGAAUCAACAUUAGUUCAAGGCCUUAAAUCUUCUGAGAGGCGAUGCAAAUUCGCUUGCCUAAAUAGGGCAAACAGUGGUAGAACGGCGUCGCUGUUGUGCCUUGGGGUUGUCUUCCGAGCCCAGCCAGCAGCCGCACAGCGACAACUAAUAGGACAACGAGCCCAUGGUUCAGUCGUUAGGGGUGUUGCACUUCACACCAACAGGUCGCGGAAUCGAGCCCCAUGUGUUCCUCACCCCGGAGUUGGGUAUGAAUGGCUGAUGACGGCCAAUAAACCAGAAAUAGCCAUUCCAGUCUCUCUUGUCUUUGUCUGCAAUGAUAUUCUUCCUAGACAAAACAAAAAGACUGUUCCAUGUUUCAUCCCGAGAUGCAUGAAUUCCUACAAGUAAUCUGUGGUCAUAAUUGUCACAUGUUUAGCAUCAUCAUCUCGAAAAUUCAUUAAAAGUACAAUGUUGUGGAGCCGCAUUAGGACCAGGUAAUUUUACCGCAUUCAGUUAACUGACGUCCGACUUGAAACAAAUGCCGCAAGGUGCGAGGGGAUUUAUUAUUUCCCAGGCAGAGUGAUGUAUCUAAUAAUUUACAGUGCAUGAUCGAUCUGAUGAAAUGUUGACCAAAAUUCUGAAAUGCGUUUUCGAUUAGGAAGGAUUACUUAUGUGGGGUUGUAAUGUUGCUUAUCAUGCGCCAAAAAUCCGUGGUAUUUCGGACUUGCCAUGAUGUCUGCUUUUGAAUGCAUUUCUUUUCGACCGCAUACAGAAGCCAUACUUGGUAAAAAAUGACUACUUAAGGAGCAUGUAUUUUUCUCAUCGAUUUUCGAUAAUCUUAUAAAUUCAAAUAUUUAUAUGGAAAACACGCACAGAAUAUGCUUUCUUUUGUCUGUUUGGUAGAAAACAACGUUGUCUUUACAUUUUAUACCUGAAGAAAGCACAUUUUUAGGUUCUGGAAAAGUUUCCCGAUUCCCCAAGAAUUUCAGGCCAGGUCAGCCGUUGCAUUACCAUUUGGCGAUUCCAGUCUACAUGUUGUAUGCUUUCCGUACAAGAAAAAUCAUAUAUGGCUUCACGCCUUUAAUUAGAUACUAUGUUGAUUUCAUAAAAUUUGGUAAUGGAUGUGGAUUAUGUUGUACGUCUCACGAGGAGCACUGGUAAACGGAGAUGUGCGACGCUGUACGUAUUGACAUGGUAUAGUCUUCAAAAUCUCAUAACUAGAAAUUUUUUCAGAACCUAAAUAUGUGUUUUCUUCGGGUAUAAAAUGUAAAGACAAUGUUAUUUUCUACCAAACAGAGAAAAGAAAGCAUAUUAUGUGCGUGUUUUCCAUAAAAAUAUUUGAAUUUAUAGGAUUAUCGAAAAUCGAUGUGAAAAGUACAUGCUCCUAAAGUAUUCAUUUUUUUUACCAAGUGUGGCUUCUGUGUGAGGUCGAAAAGAAGAGCAUUCAAAAGCAGACAUCCUGGCGCGUCCGAAAUACCAUAGCAUUUUGGCGCAUGAUAAGCAACAUUACAACCCCACAUAAGUAAUCCUUCCUAAUCGAAAACGCAUUUCAGAAUUUCGGUAACAUUUCAUCAGAUCGUUCACGCACUGAACUGAAAGAACGGAGUAUGAGACCGUAGACCUAUGCCAAAGUGUCAGGAUUUCGAGCUUUAUUUUAAUGCCUGCCCAACUUCAGUCCGGGGCGGCCAUGAUCUGAGAUACGCUUGAUUGAAUGAGACGGACGCUCAGGAAGUACCAUGCUGGCACGCCUGUCUUUGGAAGCUAGUUUUUGUAGUUUUAAACUGCCGGCCUGAUCCGAAGUCGCUAGGCUGGAACAGUUUAAUGUCAGUCCAAGUCAACUAUACCCCUGGUAAUAUUGGAGGACUUUCUGAGAUCUCCGUGGCCUCCUUCCUCGUCCACCGGAAAUGAGAUGGUAAAGUGGAAGAUAACAGUUUGACUAGGCAAACGAUUUUCACAUCCAAGCCAGCGGCAAAUUUGAUUUUCCGAAUUAGUAGGAACACCAAAUGCAGUUGACCGUUCGACCGUCGUGCCAGACGAUGGUCAACUGUUUGCUCCACAGCAAGGCGGGGCAGGCAGGAUGAUUUGCGCGUGAAUUAGUUUAUAGUGCGCAGAAUCUACCGCAGUCUCUAGUCCCCACCUGAACCCGUUGACAAGACUGAGUCAAGGAGACAAGAGGCGGGAGAUGGAGCAGGUGGCUGGCGCAGCCGGACCCGCACUUAGGCGUACCACCAACCCCCCCCCCCUGGUCCAUAACAAAUAUUUGACCAGGAUUUUGACCAAAAACAAUAAAACAAGGGGACAUAGGAAGAGGAUGAAUGGGCAACCAUGCGCACACGACCUGUACACCCAGCGGAAGCGCAAACGCAUCUACCAGCAGGGAACCAAGUGGCGGAGAACUACCAGUACACACCCAGGAUGCGAGAGCCAUGAUUUGCUGAUCCUGACAUAGCAGAUGCUUGCACACCUCGCUUCGGCGGUACAUAUACCAAAAAUGAAACGAUACAGAGAAGAUUAGCCAGCCCCCUGCUCAAGGAUUGGAGGCAAGUGCAGUUAGUGAAAAAGUAAAAAGUGCGCAAAUUUGUUGACCUAAAAGGCGCAGUGUACCCAGUGAAUUCGAAACUAAUUCAACGGUCAAUGAAUCCGAUGUAUUUACUUUUUAAUAAGGCAACACGAGUAAUUUACACACGGACUAACCUCACAGUCGCUCUUAUGAUCAGGUAGACCGUCUACGCCUACCGAUGUACUUGUCUUUUGAGGUAUGUUCGGUUAUGUAGUUGCUGGAUUUGGCGUAGGAUCAAUGAACUGUUUUGAUCAUACAUUUGACUUGAUUUAGGGCUUAACAAGAGUCUCAAGGCUUUCAUCUUUUUGGUGGAGAUCUUCUGCCAGUUAUAAUCUUACAAAACAGAGAAUAAGCAAGUUUUGUUACUUCGUCUUAAAAGCGCCGUCUCCCGUAACGAUUGAUCAGUUCUCCAUGGGGUGCCAGAGACGACGAGACUAGGGGCCAAGUGUGCAUGUUACCCGACCCAUGAACGUCAUAAUUCUCCUCCGAGACGUAAAAACUAAAUUUGCUGAAACCAAGUCGUCCAUAGCAGUGGUUGCGUACUAAAAUCUCAUUUUGAAUGGAUUUGGAUAGUGGAUAUUAUAGCACUUCCAGCCUUCUUCACAGAUCUACUGUGUGUCCGAAUCAGUUCUGUCGCCUCGACCUCACUCAUAAGCUAGCGGCUUCAUACUGAUCCUGUACCAUAAGUACCCUUUCUCCCUGAAUAAUGUUCUUUCAUACAAAUUACUUCCGAUCACGAACUACGCCUGAAUCUUCUCCGUCUCUUUAUAAUCUGUAAACAGCUUGACAUCCAUUGUUUGCCUUAAUUUUUCAAAAAAAGGUUGAACACCCGGCAAAGAGUUAUUGUGUGUAGAGGUAAAAUAUGAGUAGGUAGGUUGUAAAAUCAUGGCGUUCCUGUGAUUCAGCCCAUUUCGUGACUUUUUAAUCGGCCAAAAGAGUGGCAGACGACCAUGUUCAAGAGUCUUAGUGAAGGCCGUCAACACGGCAUCACGGUCACCUGGUUUGGCUGCAGGCCAAAUUCCUCUUCACACAGCAGUUGCGAAAAGGCCCCGGACUGCAACAGUUAACGAAAUCAUAGGUGCGAGUGAUGACGUCAGGAGACGAGAGCCUGCGUUCACAACUAAUUUUAUGUGACUCUCCAGGGCGCGCUGUUCUGUGGCCUGUAUAGAAGACAGAAUAGACACACCGCGCUUUCUCCUGUUUCUAUGGCCUAGAGGUUUAUUUAGUUGACCCAUUGCUAUAUGUGGUCAGUAAUCGGAAAGCAUUUUCGAUAAGGAAGGACUAGCGCCAUCCUUACUGGUUAAUUUGAUGCUAUUGGUCGGCCACACUCAAGUUUCAGAUUAGGGUCCAACUAAACAGUGAGCUUCUGCAUCAUCUUCCGCCGCUUUUUCUAGAGAUCCCGGCAUUAAAAAGGACGACAUUUGACAGAUUCCGAAGUGUAGGUCCAAGAUCAGAAUGAACUUCGAAGUCUUAAAGUUCUACUACUAGGUUCGAAAUUAAGUUUUUGCAGCGAUUUGAAAAAUAAAUUGUCACCAAACGCAUGCUGUCACGUAACGGGGUGUCGUUCGUUUUAGCUGGGUCCAGCGCCCGUGUGCUUCCGCGAGAGGCUAACCAAUCAGGACGCUGUAGGUGAACAAAGGUACGGUUAUGCCUACUUGCGAUGCCGCGGGCAAGAGGUUUGGGCAACCGUUCAGUAUAAGACUUCUAUUUCCUACCUUAUGCAUCACAUGCCACUCCGGGUAGGCGAGAUUUUUGCCUACACAGUUCGUCGACGGAAACAUACUUCAACCUCCUCGAGCAAGGAUGUAGAGCCUGCGCCUCCCGGAGCGGGUUUGGUCAAAAGGUCUGGGAGCGUGUGCUAUGCCAGUAUCAGCAAACCAUGGCUCUCGCAGCCUGGUAUGCACUGGCAGUCCCCUGACACCUGGUUCCCUGUCGGUAGGUGCGCUUGCGCUCCCGCUAGGCACACAGGUGGUGGGCAUGGCUGCCCAGUCAUCCUCGUCGUUCUGGCUGCUGUUGGGGUGUUGGUGCUGUUGGUAUUGUUGGCGAAAAAUCUUGGUCAUUUGCUGUGUGGGCCAGGAGGUGUGAUGGCACGCCUAGGUGCGGCUCCGGCCGCGCCAACUACCUGCGCCCUCUCCCCGCCUCCGGUCUUCUUGACCCUGCCUUGACAGCGGGUCCAGGUGGGAGUGGAGAAGAGAGAGAGAGUGCAGUAGAUGCUGUGUAAGUAUACCAUCACUAUGAGUUAACUCACGCACAAGUCACCGUCCCUGCUCCGCCUUGCUGUGGAGCACACGGUGGACAUCGUCGAAACUGACGGCCGAACGCUUGAGUGCGACCCGGUGACGUGCGCAUCCAUCGCACUCUCGAUUCCAAACCCACUGAUGUAAAGCUAGUGUCUGCGUUUGAACCUUUGUGCUUCCAAAAAACUCCUACAGAGACCGGAUGCAGUUCGUUGGAUCGUUACGGUCUCUAGUUGCCAGAGAUGGCCUCGAUACACAUGAAGAUGCGCUCAUCCGUUGAUUACCAGCAAGAUUCCGGACUUCAACCCCGACACCAACCUCGUAAACAUUCGGCCAAACAGUUUAGCUUCAGUAGAAAAAAACGCUCUCCUUUGGCAAUAUGCGUUUAUAUGGUUACUUUUCAUACCCUUACAAAUCAUGCAUUGUGUCACUUCAGGUGAGGUAUCACGUAACGACCGAGGGAAGGACCAGUCAGCUGCGAAGCUCUGCGAAGUACAGGCUAAGAAAUUGAGCAGUUCGCCAGUGUAUUCUAGUAAGUACCCCCUUCACUCCACAUUCCGUUUAUUCCUCCACGGUCGUCUUUAUUACACCUACUGAAAUUAAUAAUAAUACAAAAAGGAUAAAUUACAGACUACCUACUGAAAUCAAUGAUAGUACGAGGGUGGCAAAUUGCAACAUUUCUCUCCAUACUAAAAGAACAAUCUGACAAAAUGAGCGCUCAUUCUGGAAGAAAGUUAGAGAAUGGAAUUCAAUAUGACAGGCAUGUAGGAGACGGAGAAUUCGGCUCAAGUAUAACUAGAUGUUGGUAAGCACUGAAGUACUUAAAAUCCUACUGAAAGUCGCGAGUAUUCCAUCAAGUGCAAAAUAUGACAUACAUUUAUUUCGAUACAAUCUUGGAUCAUUCUCAGACAAUAAUUCAUUGACUACUCAUCAGUACGCCCAACUUUAGUUCGGUGGACUUUUGCUACUGGUUAUCAACAGUUGCAUGAAGUCGUAUCGCCUGGCUUCUUUAGAAAUCACAGACCAAAGAAUUCCUCCCAAAAAUAAGUCGUAGCAAAUCCCGUCCUUGUCAGCCUUGAUGUUCGAACAAUCAUUCCAACUUGGUUUUUGAUGCCAUAGACGUCAUAGCCAUCCCCAUAACUUUCUGCGUGUUUCCUUGAUGUGACACCUCAGUCGCUAAUCAAAAAAUCAGACCUGAUCAACCGCAAACAUUAGGUUACACGCGCAUUUAAAUAAAAAAUGUAUGUUUUUCUACCAAACCGCUAAAAGACAUCAUUUAGUACAGACAGGCAAUAGGGAAACAACUGUUUGCGAACGAUUUCUAGAAUAAUUAAGCAAAAAUUAACGGAACAAAUGAACUGCCUACUUGGUUAGUUUUUCAUAAAAAUCAGAAGUUCGGUAGAAGAUUUUGGAAUGCAUCUUAUGCAAGUUACAGUAUCCUAAUAGCUACUAUGACCCGACCUCAGUUGGCUUUCCUGAAGAGCCCAAUUAAUUUUUAGUGGCUCUCGGAAAUAACUGUCCAAUCAGCUUGUCCUACUUACCUGCAUUGACGCAUAUUUCUUCUAAUUUUACGUCAUACGGACCCUUCGCCUCGUAGGUAGCUAAAAAUGCUGAUUUUGUUUGGGUUGUUUGAUGGCUACCGCAUUCCGGGAAGAAAGUCAGGCGUAUACUGGUAUUUCGUGAACUUUUGUCUCAUUUAAACAGACUUCAAGGCCCUCCUGGACAAUUAUAAGGCGGAUGUUGGCGUAUCUGAACAGGAGACGGCGGCAGAAAAAAAGGAACAGGAGGCCUUUCUCGACAGUCUCAUGCAGAGUCCCAUAAUAAAAGAGGUGCACAAGUAUCUGGUGUCCGUACGUCUCGCACCAGCUGCUGCGAAGGAUUUCAAAGAACUCCUAAGGAAACUGUGGUUUACACGGUAUAGGCGUGUCAGGUAG